GCUUCCGCUGUAACCCGGAAACACAAUAACAGCUGGAAACGGCGGAUCGGUUAGCUGAGCGAGUCCGGCUGGUUUGUGGUUUAUCCUCGUUUAUCUGAGCACGGUGGGUCGGUACUGCGGUGGCAGGAGGAGAGCCGACAUGAAGACCGGGAUCAGCGGAUCAGCCUGAAGCCUGUUCCCGUUAGCAGCCUUUAGCAUCAGUGCUACAGCUAGCGCUGCUAGCACGCUGAAGCUAAUAGCAGCAGUAGCUGUAGUCCAGUGAGAGCGAACGGCUGCAGCGCAGCUUCGAGGCACGAUGGGGAACCAGCUGGCGGGCAUCGCCCCCUCUCAGAUCCUGUCUGUGGACAGCUACUUCUCCGACAUCGUCGAUCACGAGUACGAUAAGAGCCUGGGCAGCACGCGCUUCUUCAAGGUGGCCCGGGCCAAACAUCGCGAGGGCCUGGUGGUGGUGAAGGUCUUCGCCAUCCAGGACCCGUCGCUGCCGCUGACGAGCUACAAGCAGGAGCUGGAGGAGCUGAAGAUUCGCCUGCACUCCUGCCAGAACUGCCUGCCUUUCCAGAAAACCUCUCUCACCGAGAAGGCCGCCAUCUUGUUCCGCCAGUACGUUCGGGACAACCUGUACGACCGCAUCAGCACGCGACCGUUCCUUAACAACGUGGAGAAGCGCUGGCUCGCCUUCCAGAUCCUCAACGCCGUCGACCAGGCUCACAAGGCCGGCGUGCGUCACGGGGACAUCAAGACAGAGAACGUGAUGGUGACCAGCUGGAACUGGGUGCUGCUCACCGACUUUGCAAGCUUCAAGCCCACCUACCUGCCCGAAGACAACCCCGCCGACUUCAACUACUUCUUCGACACGUCCAGGAGGAGGACGUGCUACAUCGCCCCCGAGAGGUUCGUAGAUGGAAGCAUGUUUACCACGGAGAGCGACCAGAACACGCCGCUGGUGGACCUGACCAACAACAACCAGAGGAGCCGAGGGGAGCUGAAGCAGGCCAUGGACAUCUUCUCUGCAGGCUGUGUGAUCGCCGAGCUGUUCACAGAGGGCGUCCCACUCUUCGAUCUGUCCCAGCUGCUGGCGUAUCGUAAAGGACACUUCCAGACGGAGCAGGUCCUCAUGAAGAUCGAGGACCGCAGCGUCAGAGAGCUGGUGGCCCAGAUGGUGCAGCGGGAGCCCGAGAAGCGCCUGACGGCAGAGGAGUAUCUGAAGCAGCAGCGAGGCAAAGCGUUCCCGGACAUCUUCUACACCUUCCUGCAGCCGUACAUGGCGCAGUUCGCCAAAGAGACGUUCCAGUCGGCGGACGAGCGCGUGCUCAUCAUCCGCAAAGACCUCGACAACAUCCUGCACAACCUGCACGGAGGCUCCGCCUCCUCUUCGCCCCAGGAUGGCAGCGAUGGCGUGACGAGCUCCCGUGAGGAGCAGGGCCUCAUUGUGCUUGUCUCCGUCAUCACUUCCUGCCUCCAGACUCUGCACUGCUGCGACUCCAAGCUCGCCGCGCUGGAGCUCGUCCUCCACCUGGCCCCCCGGCUCGGCGUGGACGUCCUGCUGGACCGCAUCACGCCGUACCUGCUGCACUUCUGCAACGACCCAAUGCCCCGCGUGCGCGCCCAGGCCGUGCGGACGCUGGCCAAGGUGCUAGCGCUGGUGAAGGAGGUCCCGAGGAACGAUGUGAACAUCUACCCUGAGUACAUCCUGCCGGGCAUCGCCCACCUCGCCCAAGACGACGCCACCAUUGUCAGGCUGGCGUACGCAGAAAACAUCGCCCAUCUGGCCGAGAGCGCGCUGCGCUUCCUGGAGCUGGUCCAGGAAAACAACGUGAACACGGAGCAGGACCUGAGCGGCGAGGACGCGGAGGAAGCGCUCCACCCCAACGAAAACUACGACUCGGAGCUGCAGGCGCUGCACGAGAUGGUGCAGCAGAAGGUGGUGACGCUGCUCAGCGACUCGGAGAACAUCGUCAAGCAGUCGCUGAUGGAGAACGGCAUCACGCGCCUCUGCGUCUUCUUCGGCCGGCAGAAAGCCAACGACGUCCUGUUGUCCCACAUGAUCACCUUCCUCAACGACAAGAACGACUGGCACCUGCGGGGCGCCUUCUUCGACAGCAUCGUGGGCGUGGCGGCGUACGUCGGCUGGCAGAGUUCGUCCAUCCUGAAGCCGCUGCUGCAGCAGGGUCUGAGCGACACCGAGGAGUUUGUCAUCUACAAAGCCCUGAAUGCGCUCACCUGCAUGUGCCAGCUGGGUCUGCUGCAGAAACCGCACAUCUACGAGUUCGUCGGCGACAUCGCUCCGUUCCUGUGUCACCCCAACCUGUGGAUCCGUUAUGGCGCCGUGGGCUUCAUCACCGUAGUUGCACAGCACCUCAACGUCGCCGACGUCUACUGCAAGCUGAUGCCCCACCUCAACCCCUUCAUCACCCAGCCCAUCAUCCAGAUCGAUAAGGAGCUUGUUCUGCUCAGCGUCCUGAAGGAGCCCGUGAGUCGCUCCAUCUUCGACUACGCCCUGCGCUCCAAAGACAUCGCCACGCUCUUCAGACACCUGCUGCUGCGCCAGAAGAAGCGCGCGGGCACCAUCCCAGAAUGCCCCACGCCCGAUGACCCGGCCAUCGCCCAGCUCCUUAAGAAGCUGCUCUCACAGGGCAUGACCGAGGCCGAGGAGGACAAGCUGCUGGCGCUCAAAGACUUCAUGCUGAAAUCCAACAAGGCCAAAGCCAACAUGGGCGAGCAGAGCCACGCGGGGGAGGCGGGCCAGACCGGCGUCAUCGACCUGGCCACGCUCGGCAUCACCGGCCGCCAAGUGGACCUGAUCAAACCCAAAGCCGAGGGCGAGGACAAGCGAGCCAGGAAGCACACCAAGCAGGACUCCACCAUGAACGAGGAGUGGAAGAGCAUGUUUGGAUCUCAGGAGCCGCCCUCCAGCCAGCCCGCCACGGCCGCCGACGGGCCGGGGAGUCAGAUCAGGAAGAGCACCGCGGCUCUGGCGGUGCCCGUGCUGCAGUCGGUGGCAAGCGGCCCCGCCUAUCAGCGACGCCUCAACACGUGCAAGGCGGAGCUUCAGCAGCUGGUGCAGCAGAAGAGGGAGCAGUGCAGUGCCGAGCGCAUGGCCAAGCAGAUGAUGGAGAGCGCCGAGUGGGAGAGCCGACCUCCUCCUCCAGGGUGGCACCCGAAAGGCCUGCUGGUCGCCCACCUGCACGAACACAAAGCUGCCGUGAACCGCAUCCGAGUCUCCGACGAGCACUCCAUUUUCGCCACGGCGUCCAACGACGGCACUGUCAAAGUGUGGGACAGCCAGAAGAUGGAGGGAAAGACCACGACCACCAGGUCGGUGUUGACGUACUCUCGCAUCGGCGGCCACGUGAAGACGCUGACCUUCUGUCAGGGCUCGCACUAUUUAGCCGUGGCCUCGGAUAACGGAUCCAUCCAGCUGCUCGCCGUCGAAGCCAACAAACCGCCAAAAUCCCCCAAAGUGCAGCCGUUCCAGAGCAGGUCUCUGGACCUGCAGGAGGACGGCUGCACGGUCGACAUCCACCACUUCAACUCCGGCGCCCAGUCGGUGCUGGCGUACGCCACUGUCAACGGCUCGCUGGUCGGCUGGGACCUCCGCUCCAACUCCAACGCCUGGACGCUGCGCCACGACCUCCGCCUCGGACUCAUCACGUCCUUUGCCGUGGACAUGCACCAGUGCUGGCUCUGCCUCGGUACGAGCAGCGGCACCAUGGCCUGCUGGGAUAUGCGGUUCCAGCUGCCCAUCUCAAACCACUCCCACCCUGCCCGAGCACGAAUCAGACGGCUGCUGAUGCACCCGCUCUACCAGUCGUCUGUCAUCGCAGCUGUGCAGGGGAACAAUGAAGUCUCCAUGUGGGACAUGGAGACCGGAGACCGCAAAUUCACCCUGUGGGCGAGCUCGGCACCCCCACUCUCUGAGAUGCAGCCGUCCCCACACAGCAUUAACGGGAUCUACUGCAGUCCUGCUGACGGGAACCCUCUGCUGCUCACAGCCGGCUCUGACAUGAGGAUCAGGUUCUGGGACCUGGCGUAUCCGGAAAGGUCGUACAUUGUGGCGGGCGGAGCCAACGACUCGCUGCACUGCCCGUCUGUCCUCUACAGCCGCAAGAUCAUCGAAGGGACCGAGGUCGUACAGGAGAUCCACAGCAAACAGAAGAGCGGCGUGGUGGAGGACUCGCCCCGCCGCGGCCCGGAGUCCCUCCCCUUAGGUCACCACGAUAUCAUCACGGACAUCGCCACCUUCCAGACCACGCAGGGCUUCAUCGUCACCUCGUCCAGAGACGGCAUCGUCAAAGUCUGGAAAUGAGGGCGCCCGAUGACAUCACAGCACACGCACGGAGGUGUGUGUUUAUGGACACACGCUCCUGUUCCCCAUGAACACGGUUACAUCAUCAUCACGAGACGUGGUUCAAACAGGAAGUGAAAUGCUCUGCUGUAGACUCUGAGCCCUGACGACUAGUUUGUGCUUUUCAUGUCCGUCAGUGUCAGGUGGCAGGAAGUGCAGGUGUGCAGCUGAUCUCGUUCCUGCCUGAUGAACACGCCAUUUUUCACUCUGAAGUCUUGUUGCCUGGAUACAAAGGAAAUCUGAUUUUCAGAACCACGAUGCAUAGCUGCGCUAAUGAUUUAGGGAUAUGUAAAUCUCUGCUGAGUUGCAUUAUGGGACAUGUAGUCUUGUUUUGAUUCAUCUUUAGUUCCGUUUUCCAUGUGCAGGUGUAAUUCAGCUUCUUUAAAUCAGAGUGUCAGCGACGCCUCCAGCUGAGCUUCUUCCUGCAGGGCCCACCAGGGGUCCCCAUCCACAACUUGGGAACCGCUGUUGAGUCCGUGUGACGUUCUUCUUGCUUCAUUUGAAAGUGUUUUAUUAACAAAAGGACUGCGUACAUCAGGAGCACAGAUUAGUCACCUGAGGUAAACUUCCUGUCUCGUUCUGAUGAUUCACCUGAACGAUGCUCAGAAGCAUCGAACACUGUCAGAGCUCCACAAACCAGCAGAAUCUGUGUGUGUGAAAAUAAAACCAUCAUGUAUGAAACGAUGCUUUAAAGCCUGAAGCAAACUGAGUGAGACCUGAAAACUGUGUGUGCACGUGUACCUGUUUAGACGUCUUUGUGGGGACCAAAGUGCCACAUUGAAGGUGUUAUUUAGACUCACAAUGUGGUUUUAGUGUCAGGGUUAUAGUUAGGCUCAGGGUUAUAGUUAGGCUCAGGGUUAUAGUUAGGCUCAGGGUUAGGGUAAGCAUUAUGUCAAUUAGAUGUCCCGGCUAAGAUAUGAAAACGAGAAUGUGUGUGUUGGUCCUGCGUAGGUGCAAUUAAAUGUCUUUCUUCAUUUUUUACAGUUUUAAAUAAAAA